AUGAUGAAGCUGGGGGUUUUGGUAGCUGUUGCUGUCUUUCUUGAGGCGGUCUCCGCAACCUCUCUCGGGGUGGUGAGCACAGAGGGAGGUAUGGUGGAGGGCAAAAACAUUCGUCUUGGUUUCCGCCAUUACAUGGACGUUUUCAAGGGGAUUCCCUUUGCUGAUACCCCUAAAAGGUUUCAGAAACCACAGCCUCACCCUGGCUGGGACGGUGUUCUGAAGGCCACUGAGUUCAAGCAGAGAUGCCUUCAGAUGAAUCUCGUCAUGAGUGACACCAGAGGCAGUGAGGACUGUCUUUACCUGAACAUCUGGGUUCCUCACCGCGACUCAGUGUCCACUAAUAUGCCGGUCAUGGUCUGGAUCUUUGGAGGAGCAUUCCUGGUUGGAGGAUCUAUGGGUGCCAACUUCCUGGACAAUUACCUGUACAGUGGGGAGGAGAUUGCCAAACGAGGAGAUGUUAUUGUGGUAACGCUGGCUUACCGUGUGGGGACUCUGGGCUUCCUGAGCACCGGAGACUCCGGCUUACCCGGAAAUUACGGUCUGUGGGACCAGCAUGCUGCCAUCGCCUGGGUGCACAGGAACAUCCGCUCCUUUGGAGGAGACCCCAACAACAUCACCAUCUUCGGAGAGUCUGCAGGUGGAGCUAGUGUCAGCUUCCAGACUCUCACUCCCCGCAACAAAGGGUUGAUCAGGAGAGCCAUCUCCCAGAGUGGGGUCGCCCUUUGCCCCUGGGGCAUCAACAGGAACCCCCGCCGGUUUGCUGAGGAGGUUGCUCUGAAGGUAAACUGCCCCACCGAUAGUAAAAUGGCUGCCUGUCUGAAGAUGACUGAUCCUGCCCGCCUUACAAUGGCUGGCACUCUCAGUUUAGCCAGUUCACCUGAUCACCCCCUUGUUUUCAACCUGGCUCUGUCUCCUGUGAUUGACGGCGACUUCCUGCCAGGCGAGCCUGAAAACUUGUUCCAUAAUACAGCUGACAUUGACUACCUAGCUGGAGUUAAUGACAUGGACGGACACAUCUUUACUGCUUUAGAUGUUCCUUCGAUAAACUCUGAUCUGUUGGAAACCCCUGUCGAGGAUGUGAGGAGACUACUGGCUUCAUACACUAAAGAGAAGGGAAAGGUUGGUUUGGACCAUGCCUACGCCACAUAUACCUCAGACUGGGGAUCAAAACCCAGUCAGGUGACUAUCAAGAAAACCAUUGUGGCAAUUGGAACAGACUACAUCUUCCUGGUUCCUACUCAGGCUGCCCUCUACCUCCAUGCUUCCAAUGCCAGGACUGGCCGUACCUACUCCUAUCUUUUCUCUGAGCCCAAUCGUAUGGGCGGCUUUAUCAAGCCGUAUCCUAGCUGGAUGGGAGCCGACCACGCUGAUGACCUGCAGUACGUGUUCGGAAAGCCUUUCACUACACCAAUAGCGUACUGGCCUCGCCACCGUGACGUCUCUGGCUCCAUGAUUGCCUACUGGACCAACUUCGCCAAAACUGGGAACCCCAACAAUGGAGGGCUGAGUGUCCCCGUUGCCUGGCCUAGAUUCACCGCUGCUGGACCUCAGUUCCUGGAGAUCCAUGCUAAUAUGGACAACAGCUAUGUGAAAGAGAAGAUGAGGCUGCCUUACGUGCAUUUCUGGACCAGCGUCUUACCCAACAUUGCCGUAAACACCUCAGAAUAAAGAGCUUGUGCAAUUACCUGUGGACCCACAGACCACAUCAAACCAGUGUUGGU